AGCCGCUUAGAAAAGCGGGGAUUAAAGUCCAAAACCUGACUUGAAUGAGCCGAGCUAAACAUCCGCGCUUAAAUUGGUUCCAUAACAGUAAGUUGAGGAUCAUGUGAUCUUACUAAUUUGAGUCAGGUUUAAAUAGUCUAGAUAAUUGCGCGUGCACGCCAUUGUUUAAAAGUCCUGAAAAGUCGAGCAUGGGUCAAUCGAUUUACUGUGGGCUACCAUGGCAACAAAAGGAAAGGAUAGAGCAGCGAUGUUCACGGCAACGGAACAGCGUUUGCUAUUGGAAACAUAUGAAGAAUUUAAAGAUGUCAUCACCAAAAAAGGCAAUACAGCGGCAAUAAAUAAAGCAAGAGAGAAAGGUUGGCAGGAAAUUGCUGAUCGUCUCAAUGCCAGCAACUUAAGUGAAGGAAAAAGAACCUGGCAGCAGGUGAAAAUAAAAUAUAAAAAUAUAGUUCAGAAUGCGACCAAAAAGAAGACUGAGGUUGCUGGCACUGGGGGAGGGCCACCACCAGCCAGCUUCACUCCUGCAGAGGAGCUGGCUUUGGAAAUUAAUAAAGGGAGGCCCGUCCUUGAGGGAAUAGAGGGGGGGACAUCAUCUAAAAUGAUAUCACGUAGUAUAAGGAGUGAGUAUAUAAAAGAUUCUGUAUGCAUUAUGGAUCCACCAGACAUCAUGUUGCGUGAUGCUGACACUGUUCUAGAGCCCUCUCAGUCUGGGACCACAUGUGACAAAAACCCAGAAAACAUAAAAGGAGUGUAUAAACGCUACCUCCUUAAACAAAUGGAAGCGAUCGAUAUCGACAUCCAGUAUAAAAAACUGAAGAUGAGGAAGUUGGAGCUGGAAAUUCAACAGCUACAGAAAAAUGCAAGCAGAUUCACUCUGAAUAAAGACAAAUCACAUUAA